UGCCUGCUCGAGCUGCAGAGGGAGGCAGUGUUUUUGUGGACCUCGGAGCUGGAGAAUAUGACCAACAUAUGCUUUCGGGCCUUUGAAGGCUCCAACUAUGAUGUGCGUGAGAUAGUGUCCAAGCUGCUGGGAACCAUGCUGGCUACGGCACUCAUGGCCAAGCAGGGCACAGCUCCCAGGCAGGGCCCCCGGCGCAGCUCCCUGGAGGAGGUGAUGGAGCUUUUGUGGGGCGGCUUCCUGCGUGGUGGUGGUGGCGGCAGCUUCCUGCGGGCCAGCGGGGACAUACUGAAAGGGGGCAGCUCAGUGAGCAGGGACGUGCGGGUGGGCAUCACGCAAGCCUGCGUGGUGUUCAUUUCCUGCCUUGGUAGCAAGUGGUUGGAGUGUAACUUUAUGACUCUGCUGGCUCUGGUUCUGGAGCUGGUGUCAUACCCGCGGGUCACUCAGAACCCGGCCGAGGCCGCUUGCUGCCGCUGCUGCAUAUCCUUCAUCCUGCGGGCCACUGUAGGGAGACUGUUGGGGGAGAGGUCCCAAGUCCUGGCUGCCAAGGAGAUUUGUCGGGUCAUAGCCAAGCAGAAGAUGGCCGUAGAUGCGACCUUGAGUGACAGCAACAUGGAGACCCGGUUGAGUGCUACAGAUGUGGUGGUGAGCCAGCACAUUCUGGUCUGUACCCUGCAGGAACUGGGCGGCUUGAUCCUGGGCCUGGGCUCUACUGCUGAGUCUCUGCUUCAGGACCCCAGUGCAGGGCUGCUGGACGCGGUGACGUCAGUGCUGCUGGACCCCAGUGCUGUGGUGCGGCUGACAGCUGCCUGGUGCCUGCGCUGCGUUUCCGUGGCUGUGCCAGCCCAAGCGGCCAUGCUCAUGGACCGCUGCCUAGAACGCCUCACUGCCCUCAAGUCCUGCCCAGAGGCUGUAGCUGGGUACAGUGCUGCUAUUGCUGCCCUGCUAGGAGCAGUACAACAUUGCCCCCUGGGAAUUCCCCAUGCAAAAGGCAAGGUAGUUCUUGGCUUGGCAGAAGACCUCCUGCGCUCGGCCUCCCAGAACAGUCGUUUAGCACUCCAGCGUACCCAGGGAGGCUGGCUACUCCUUUCUGCACUGAUGACUCUGGGUCCGGCUGUGGUGGUGCACCAUCUCCCCAGAGUUCUGCUGCUUUGGAAGUGCACCUUUCCCCUGUCCAUCCAAGAGCUCCAUUCUGAGUGUGGCCGUGGAGAUGCCUUCACCUGGCAAGUGAUGCUGGAAGGACGGGCUGGAGCACUUUGCGCCAUGAAGAGCUUCUUCCUUCACUGCAGGGACCUUAUGAAUGAUGAGGUCAUUGGUCGCCUCCUUGCCCCCUUGACCUGUGCCAUUGCUCUGCUGACUCAGCUCCCAGCUCUGAUUAAGUGCUAUGGUACCCAAGUAAAGAAUUCCUCAGUUGUGUUCAGACUGAGGAUCUAUGAGGUCCUGUCUCUUUUCCCUCCUAAAAGCUAUGAAGAGAGCUUCGGCAUUUUGGUGAAGCAGCUGCUGAGUGACCUGACCAGCUUAGAGAGCCCAGCGUGCACAGGGCUAACGCUGCUGCUGUCAUUCUGUCACGCCAGCGACGCACCCCUGCUGGGCCUGGCCACAUCUGACACUGACCAUCUCUUCAUAGAGGAGCAGCUACACAGUGGCAGUGGUGCUGGAGCAGGCAGCCUGGAGCAUGACCCCUUCACCAUCCACCAGCAGCCCCUGGAUGUCCCCCUGCCAUUACCCCCGUUGUGCCGCCUCAGUCAGGCGACGGUGCAUCUUUUCGGGCUCCUUUUUCCCCACAUGGCUGGUGCCCAAAGCACCCAGAUUCUGGAUCAGUUCUCGGAGUCCCUCAAACAGCUGAAGGCAUCUCGUCAGCAGAAUGCACACAUUCACAUGGUAUCUGCUCUGUGCUUUGGCCUGAAGUGUCUGGGCUCUGGGCAGAGAGGGUUGCUACCAGAGGAUACCCGCAAACCGGCCCUGAGACUCCUACUGGGGGCAUUAGAGAGUGGCAGUGAGCCUCUGCGCUGUGCAGCUGCCGAGGGACUGGCCAGGCUGGUGCAGACUGCCGAUGAUGCCGCCUUCACUGUGUCUAUAACGCAGAUCAACUUCGACAAACUGAAGUUGGUGAGGGAUGCGGCAUCACGUUCGGGCCACGCGUUGGCGUUAGGCUCCCUGUACCGCUACAUGGGUGGGGUCAGCUCCCCCCAGCACCUUAGUGCCUGUGUGGGGAUCCUCUUUACGCUCUCUCAGGACAGCACCGCACCUGAGGUUCAGGUAUGGGCUCUGCAUUCCCUCUCUUUACUCAUUGACUGUGCUGGCGCAAUGAGCCAUGCCCACGUGGAGCCCACAUUCAGCCUGGUGCUGCGGCUGCUGCUGACAGUGCCCUCUGCCCAGGUGGAGGUCCUGCAAAGCCUGGGCCGCUGUCUCAAUGCUCUCAUCACCACUCUGGGGCCUGACCUGCAAGCUGAAGGUCUCUUCCGAAGCUUGUGCCUUAUGGGCUGUGCUGUUAUGCAGGACAGCUCCGACUGCCUGCUGCAGGCCCAGGCCAUCUCCUGCCUGCAGCAGCUGCACAUGUUCGCCCCGCACUAUGUCGACCUCAGCAGCCUGGUGCCCUGCCUCUGUGGCAUCUUGUUGGAUUAUUCUGUGUUGGCAAACCUUUGCAGUUCCUACCUCUCCCUCCGGAGGGCAGUGGUGGCCUGCCUCAGGCAGCUGGCCCAACGGGAGGCUGUGGAGGUGUCUGAGCAUGCAGUGGCCCUGGUCAAGGAUCUCCCACGCAGGGAUAACAGUUUGCUGGAUAUCACUAUAAAGGAGAUUGGCCUGGAGGGGGCACUGUUUAGCCUGUUGGACCGGGAGUCAGAUCCACAGUUGUGCCAGGAUCUCCGAGAGACACUGAAUCACAUGUUGGGUUCCAUGGCUGUGGCAAAGCUGUCCCAUUGGCUCAAGCUGUGCAAGGAUGUCUUGUCAGCCUCUGCUGCAGAGACUGCCACUGUAGCCGCUGUGGAGACACACCAGGAAGAGGAGGGAGGGGACCGUGCUGACGAUGACUCCAUCUAUACCUGCACGGCAGAGUCCGGCAGCCCUUUCAGCCACCCACGCUGGUCCACACGCGUCUUCGCCACCAAGUGUGUGUGCCGCAUCAUCGCGCAGUGUGAGAGCGGCGACCGUGCCCAUUUCAACAUGGCCCUGGCUCAGGAGCGCCGCCUGCAGGAAUCUGCCGGAGACUUUCUAGUCCUGUACCUUGCCGACUUGAUACGAAUGGCCUUUAUGGCUGCCACUGACCCCAGCAAGCCACUCCGGAUCUCAGGCCUGCAGAUGCUCCUCAUCAUCAUCCGCAAGUUUGCUGCUCUCCCCGAGCCUGAGUUUCCGGGUCAUGUCCUCCUGGAGCAGUACCAGGCUAAUGUCGGUGCAGCACUGAGACCAGCCUUUACAGCCGACACCCCCCCUGAUGUCACUGCCAAGGCUUGUCAGGUAUGCAGCGCAUGGAUUGCCAGUGGUGUGGUCAGCGAUUUAUUAGACUUGCGGCGGGUACACAACCUGCUCACCUCAUCGCUGGGCAAAGUACAGGCAAUAAAGGAAGUGCAGAGCCAGCUGUACAAUGAGAGCACUGUCACCAUGGAGUCUCUGGCAGUGCUGAAAGCCUGGGCAGAGGUGUAUAUAGUAGCAGUUCAGAGUCCUAAUCAGGAUGAGAAGCCAGCUCGGCUUCUGCAACUUUCUGACCCCAGUGCUGAGCCACCAGUGGCCCCAGCAGGGACUGGGCUGCUGAGGCUGGUGCAGGCCAACCUGAGCAUGCUAAGCCGGCUAUGGCUCGCUGCCCUGCAGGACCAUGCCAUACUGAACCUGCCCCAUGAGUAUGCAGUGCAGCUCCCGGCCACAGGAGGUACGUUUUACACGGCGGAGACGGCCGAGCAGGCCAGGCAGCAUUACUGCAGCUCCUGGGCAGCCAUUCUCCAUGCCACGGCACUCUGGCUGAACAGCAUGGGCUUCAUUGUGCUGGAUGAGGACCCCGCAAACCUGUCCAGACCUGUCACCCCAACUUCAAUGGGCCAGUCCACCUCACUGGCUAGUAUCAAGUCUCCCGAAGACAUCAAUGCUGAGCGCUUCUACCUGAUCCUGGGAAUCAGCAUGGAGUUUCUGUGCUCACCUCAUUCUGACUCCCAAAUGGAGAAUAUUACUUACUGUUUACACACUCUGCAUGCCCUCUUUGAUGUACCCUGGCCAAGGUCCAAAAUUGGAAAUGAUCAGACUCUGAGUGUGGAGCUCCUGAGUGUCCUCCACAGACUGAUCGUGACACGUGAGUCACCUGGAGUGCAGUUGGCAGUGCUGGAGCUGGUGAGACAGGUGGUGUGUGCAGCGCAGGAGAGAGUCAGGGAGAAGCGCCAUAGUGCCGAGGUGGACGACGGAGCGGCAGAGAAGGAGACUCUGCCUGAGUUUGGUGAGGGCCACGAUACUGGCGGCCUGGUGCCAGGAAAGUCGGUGGUGUUUGGGGCCCUGCAGCUAUGCCUGUGCAUCCUGGUGCGCAAGCUGCCCCGGCUGAGCCCCAAGUUGACUGGUAGCAACCCUGUGCCAAGCAGGCCUCCCCUGGCCCUGUGGCAUAGUGAUUACCAGUUGAUCUCUGCAGCGCUGACCAUCCUUUCAGAGCUUCCAUCUAUAUGCUCUCCUGAGGGCAGCGUGUCCAUCCUGCCCAGCGUACUGUACCUGCUAAUGGGAGUUCACCGUGAGCUGCUGCUGCAGCCUCCGGGGGCAGCACUGGGCCUGGCUGUCUCUGUGACACUGCAGGCCCUGCGGGUGGUGCUGUUGUCCCCCAUGGCUCAUGCAGAAAAAUGCCAAGGGGCCUGGGCCCACCUUCUCCGCUGUGCUCUUAACACACUGAUGGACUUCUGGGAUUCAGAAGAGGUUUUUCACGGUGUGAAUGAGAUCAGUCGUCUCACUAUCCUCACCAUCUUCCUCCGGUUGGCCGGCCCAGAGGUCGCUGCUGUACAGCCUCUGUUGGCACGCUCCAUAUCUAAGUUCCAGGGCUGUCUGGAGUGCAAGGAUCCAGUGGUCCUGAGUCAGACCUACCAGCUGCUGCUGUCGGUCUUCCAGAGUCCGGCCGCAGUUGUGGCUGUGUCUUUCAUCCAAGCGCUGGGAGGAGCUUUAGUCGGACAUUUGCAGGCAAUUGAGAAAAGUAGGCCCCAGAACACGGAGGAAGUGCAGGCUGUGCUGGCUGGGGUGCAGGCCCUGGAGACCCUGGUGUCCACUGCCGAGGAGGAGCACCGUUCCCAGCUGAUGCCGAUCCUGCUGCACAUCCUCAUCUCCUUCCUGCUGGAUGAGAACGCCCUGUCCUCUGCCUCUAUAGCCGCCCGCAGUCUGCAUGAAUCUGCCUUGCAGGACCUGAUGCGAAUUGGCCCCCAGCACUCUGCACUGUUCAAGGCCCUCAUGGUCUCCUUCCCAUCCAUGAAGGCGCGACUGAGGGCGGCCAUCACAGGCAACCGGGAGAACAUGAAGGCCAAAGCAGCUGUAUAUCCAGCACUCUCCAAAAAGUCUCCCACCAUCCAGCUAAAGACCAAAUUCCUGUGAUUAGGAGAUUAGAAUUUAGGCCUUAUAGUAGUUUGAGCUCUCACUGGAACUGUAUAAAGCUUUUUCAAUGUGAUGUGAGAUGUGGUUGGUAGAUAAAUCUUAGGGGAAGCUAAACCAGUAGCGACCACAGAGCGAUGCUAUUCCUUGCAAUAUUAGCAGCAGAGCAUUUGCAGCAUUAUUGAACUGUAGCUCAAAUAAUGUUGUUUAGUGGGUUAUAAGUUAUAAACCAUAUGCAAGAACAAAGAAACAUCUUCAGACAUCUCUGGCAGUAUUAGGAGCAAAGCACAAAUUAAUGUGCUCUACAAAAAUAAGGAGCCAGGAUGGAGAGCUAGCCUUAAAGCUAGGUUGUUAUUCUGCAUGUGCUCUCAAAUUGGUGUUACCAGUAACUGUGUCACUGUUUUCUGUUCAUUGACUGGUAGCAACCCUGUGCCAAGCAGGCCUCCCCUGGCCCUGUGGCAUAGUGAUUACCAGUUGAUCUCUGCAGCGCUGACCAUCCUUUCAGAGCUUGCACAUUAGGCAUCAUGCCAUUUCUGAGCUCCUGCUAAUGAUCUUUUUAAUUUCCAAACUGUAUUUCACAUCAGCAAGCAGCCAUGAUGCCAUAAAUAGUAGGUCAAAAUGGUAAAGCUCUGUGAAUUUAUGAUGCUGGAAAUAUGAAGGAAUACUGUAUGAUAACAAAUAGAUUGUGCUCAUUAUGAUUAUGAUAUACAUAACUCAGUAUUGUAGGUUGACAUUACAGCAUCGUUAAUACCUUGUUAAUUCUUACUGACGUUCACUUUCACUCCAGGGUAAUGUCCAACUGAAGGUUUGAUCUGUAGUUAAAUUUAAGGUAACAUGUAAGUUUGACUCAUUCUGUAAUAUUAUUUUUUCCAUCAGUCAAGAUUUAGUACUUAGUUUAUAUAUUAUUUUAUUAAUUUCUUAACUGGUUACAAGUAAAAUAACUUUUUAAACAAACUGUUAUCAAAUCUUACCAUUGUUUUCAGUGAGUAAUACUGCUAAGAAUGUUAUGCAUGUGGUAACAGUAGAUUUCUGUUGAUUGUCACAAGAGUAUUAAAUGAGUAUAGGUUUUUCUCCAAGGUACUGCUGAAAUAAUAUGAUGGCAAAAAGUAGUGUCCUAUCAGCAGCUUCUGUUUGAAAUUUAAAAGCUAUAGCCUGUUUUAAUUGCUUAUGAAGAUUGUUUUGGUGCUUUGAUUGCUGUGAGAAAUACAUUAAAUGUUGAAGUAUUUUGUACAGAACACUGUAUAUUGUACAUAUUAACAUCCAUAGCAAAAUUUUAAAGAUUUUUAAAAGUAUACUUUAAAAUAAAGCCUAAUUUUAUCCAU